CUAAGAAGAGAGAUCACCAGUCCCAACGCCCCGACCUGUCUCUCCUCACUCUUCCUCCUUGCCGAGGUCUCUUCGAGCCCUCCAUUUGAGCUCCACUGAAUCGAAGAAGAGGGAAGAAGAGAACGAGAGUUUAGAUCGAAUUCGAAUGCCAGCGCAAAGAAGAGGAAAAGAAAUCGUUUUCCCUUUUACAAAUCUUUCCUUUUCCUUCCUCGAUCACAUCAAUCUUUGGUUUCUUCUUUUCUGAGAGGAUUAAGGGGGAGAAGUACCUUCUUGCUUUCUUCUUCGAGCGAGAUCUCAGGCCAUAAGAAUGAGUAUCGGAGAUUUUCUCGAUAUCCAGCCGGCAGAGCUAAAAUUUCCUUUUGAAUUGAAGAAGCAGAGCUCAUGUUCCAUGCAACUGACCAACAAGACCGAUCAGUAUGUUGCCUUCAAGGUUAAAACAACCAACCCAAAGAAAUAUUGUGUUCGCCCCAAUGUGGGAAUUGUUCUACCUGGAUCAACAUGUGUUGUCACUGUAACAAUGCAAGCUCAGAAUGAGGUUCCACCUGACAUGCAAUGCAAAGACAAAUUCCUCAUCCAGAGUGUCAUUGUGGACCAUGGUGCCACGGCCAAGGAUAUGACCCCUGAAAUGUUUAAUAAAGAACCUGGUAACGUUGUUGAGGAGUUCAAGCUGCGGGUUGUUUACAUUCCUGCCAAUCCUCCCUCACCUGUCCCUGAAGAAUCAGAAGAAGGAUCUUCCCAAAAAUCUUCUACAUUAGAAAAUGAGGCUCAAAACUUAUCGUUGUUUGAUUCUGUAUCAGAAUCUCAUGAAGAACCAUCCAAGAAGAAGUCCUCAGAGGCACUGGCCCUGAUUUCCAAGUUAACUGAGGAGAAAAUUUCUGUUAUUCAACAAAAUCAGAAGCUCCGACAAGAGCUGGAAUUUCUAAGGAAAGAAAAGAGCAAGCAUAACAGUGGUUUCUCGGUCACGUUUGUGGUGCUCGUGGGUCUCCUUGGUGCCCUUGUUGGGUAUAUCAUGAAGAAGAAAUAGCAGAGGCUCGUACUUACAAGACUACAAUACAACAGAAGCACUGAAGUGUUUUCCAUGGUAUGCAUCUGUUCCCUUCUAUGCAGCGUGUUUUAUUCAAAUUUGUGGACUUGUUACUUUGUAAAAGAAUAGUUUUACAGUUACAGCUACUUUGAUUCAUUUCGUUUAGAUGAAAUUGGUGUGAUAAUUAAAAAGUAAAGACUCAACACAGAAAUUGGAGAUAUAUAUGUUUUGGUUUUCCCCCUUA